GGCCGCGCGCGGAGGGCGCCGGGCGCAGCAUGGGCGGCCCGCGGGCCUGGGCGCUGCUGUGCCUCGGGCUUCUGAUCCCCGGAGGCGGCGCCGCGUGGAGCGUCGGGGGAGCCCAGUUCUCCGGACGCAGGAACUGGUGCUCCUAUGUGGUGACCCGGACCAUCUCAUGCCAUGUGCAAAAUGGCACCUACCUUCAGCGAGUGCUGCAGAAUUGCCCCUGGCCCAUGAGCUGCCCGGGCAGCAGCUACAGAACCGUGGUGAGACCCUCGUACAAGGUGAUGUACAAGACGGUGACCGCGCGUGAAUGGAGGUGUUGCCCUGGGCACUCAGGGGUGAACUGUGAGGAAGUUGCAGGCUCCUCUGGCUUCGUGGAGCCCGGGUGGUCCGGCAACGCCAUGCGACGGAUGGCGCUUCGGCCCACAGCCUUCUCAGGUUGCCUCAACUGCAGCAAAGUGUCAGAGCUGACCGAGAGGCUGAAGGUGCUGGAGGCCAAGGUGGCAGUGCUCACUGUCACUGAGCGGGCAGUGCUCCCGACCCCAGCUGCCCCCGGGGACCCCGUCCCACUAUGGGGCUCCCCAGGUGCCCAGGGCAGCCCCGGGGAUGAAGGCCUCCGAGAUCGAGUUGGUGGCCAGGGGCUUCCUGGGCCCACUGGCCCCAAGGGAGACACUGGCAGCCGAGGCCCAAUGGGGAUGAGAGGCCCACCAGGUCCUCAGGGCCCCCCAGGAAGCCCUGGCCAGGCUGGAGCUGUGGGCGCCCCUGGAGAGAAGGGACCUCCAGGCCUACCCGGGCCUCCUGGCCCCCCGGGGCCCCCUGGGCCCCCAGCCCCUGUUGGACCACCCCACACCCGGAACCCCCAGUAUGGGGACCCGUUACUGUCCAAUACCUUCACUGAGACCAGCAGCCACUGGCCCCAGGGACCAGCUGGACUCCCAGGCCCCCCAGGGCCCAUGGGUCCCCCUGGACUUCCUGGUCCCAUGGGCAUCCCUGGGAGUCCUGGACACAUGGGACCUCCAGGCCCCACUGGACCCAAAGGAAUCUCUGGCAACCCAGGAGAGAAGGGAGAGAGAGGACUGCGUGGGGAGCCUGGCCCCCAAGGCUCCACAGGGCAGCGGGGAGAACCUGGCCCCAAAGGAGACCCUGGGGAGAAGAGCCACUGGGCUCCUAGCUUACAGAGCUUCCUGCAGCAGCAGGCUCAGCUGGAGCUCCUGGCCAGACGAGUCACCCUGCUGGAAGCCAUCAUCUGGCCAGAACCAGAGGGGUCGGGGGCAGGCCCUGCCGGCACAGGCACCCCCAGCCUCCUGCGGGGCAAGAGGGGAGGACACGCGGCCAACUACCGGAUCGUGGCCCCCAGGAGCCGCAGCGAGAGAGGCUGAGGGCAGGGGUGGCCCUAGGGGCAGACCAGGCCAGGCUUCCCUUCCCAGCCUGGACUUGGCCAGCUGCCUCCAGGGACCGCCCAUCCAUAUUUAUUAAUGUCCUCAGGGUCCCUUCUGCCACCUAGGCCUUUGGGAUGGGCACGUCUUGGUCCUGACUCCCCGUGCAAGCCUAAUAUGAAGCUGAGAAGGGACAGUGGACUGAGAGGGAGGGGCAGCCCAGGCAAGAGGUGAGGCCUCGCUCAGGGCCCUGGGCCUCCCAUCUCCCUCUGUGAAGUAGGAUGAUGCAGGCCUGCAGGGGAUGGGGGGCAGGUUCGAGGCCUGCCACCCCCUCCUCCCCAGCCAAACCUUGGGGAGCCCAUCGUACCCCUCCUCUCCUUGAUUUCUGGUGCUGGGUCCCCACCCUGACCUCAACAGGCAGGACACUGGGGAUUCCUUGCAUGGUCCUGCCCCCCGAGCCCCCAGCUCCUCCCAUGUCCCAGGUGGGGGUGGGGGCAUGGAGAGGGAAGGGCCCCCUGGAGGUAGAGGUCUCCAGCCAAUAAAGGCCCCCAGUCUG